UUCACGUCCUUUUUUGCGUUUUUAAUUGAUACAACCUCCAUUAAUUCUUCAAGAAAAUAAGAAGAUUGCAGAAACACUUUUCUUCUUUUCCCAAUUAUUUUAUUUUAUUUUUCUAACCACAGUUUUGGAUCAAGUCAAAACCGAGCCAAAAUCAUUAAAAUUCAGGAACACCGCAACAACCCCUCUUUUGUCUUUUCAGAGGGCGGUUUGGAGAACCCCAAUUUAUUUAUUUUUAAUUCUUUUCCUUUGCCUUCCUUUCAGCACUUGUUAGUUUGUUCAAACUGAAAACAGAAGAACAUUACAAAGACACAGAAGAAACUAAAGUAGAUAGAAAAUCUUCUGAAACCUCUGGUUCGGUUUUGGGCUCCAAAUUUCGUUAAUUAAUACCAUCCAUUUUUCCUAAGCUUUUUUUUUAUUAUUUAUUUUUUAUUUUAUUUAAUUUUUUUCUUCUGUUUUUCCUUGGAGAAAAACCAGGGAAAGGUGGUGUUUCUCUCUUGGAGGAGGUUUUUACUUUAACACCAGAAUCUGAAACGUUUGUUGUAAUAAUAAUAAUAAUAAUAAUUCGUGUGUCUGUUUCUGAAUUUGUGGUGUUACUGUAAUCCUCCAUCCCCUCCCAAUCCAACGUUUAUCCAUUGCCCACACCUGAAUCCAAACCCACCCUUUGCCAAAACGCAACACCAAAAAUAUUAUUUUUUAAACAAGAAAAAUAGAAAAAAAAAAACGUAGCUUUAAGCUUUGGUCAUCGAUCGUAGGCCACCCAAAUUGAACCCCUUUAAUCUAUUUUCUCAAGGGCAAGGACAAUCCAGUACUUUUUCUUUUCUGGGUUGCAUCGAGGCUCUUGUUGUUUUGCAUUGAUCAGUGACAAUUGGCAUGGAAAAAAAUCGAUUUUGAUUGGUGGGUGGUUGGUGGAUUUAGUUUUCCCUCGAUCUAUUGAUCUGGGGCUGUGGUUUUUGGAUUUUGAUGACGAGAAUGAAUAAAGGGUCACUUGAUUACUGGAGGAAUUACUUUGGAGCUGCAAACUCUGACAUAUUUGGCAUCAUUGACCAUGCGAUCAUGGUGGCUGCUUCUGAUUGUCCCAAGGAGUUCAGGUUGAGGAGGGAUGGGAUUGCAGAGAGGUUGUUCUCUUGCAGGUUGAGUAGAUGUUUGGGGUGUGAGAGGGUGGAGUUGGCCGUGUCAGUGGAUGAUGAUGAUGAUGGUGAAGGGAGUGGUGGAUGCAAGAGUGGUUUUGAUGGAGAUGGUGCUGAGUUUGAGUGUGAAGCGGGUGCAAGUAAAGAGAGCAAGGUCAAUAGUACUAAUGAUGAUCCUGGGGAGAUGAACAUGAACCAAGUUAGCAAUUACAGCUUUGGGGAAGCAGAAGCAUUGACUGAUGAGAUUGAAGAAGAGUCUCAAUAUGUUGAGGAGGUGUUCAGGAUCAAGGAUGUUUUACUUAACUGUGAAGAAGAGUCUGAUUCAGUAUUGUUUGAUUCACUAAGGAGACUUCAGCUGAUGGAACUCACAGUGGAUCUUCUGAAGGCAACUGAGAUUGGAAAGGCUGUCAAUCCUCUUCGAAAACAUGGAUCAAGGGGCAUUUGUCAACUUGCACGGACUCUUAUUGAUGGCUGGAAAGAAAUGGUGAAUGAGUGGGUUAAGGCUACCACAGCUAUUACAGGUUCAGAAGGUACUCCUGAUUCAGUAAAUCCAUCUGUAGUUGAUGAUGAAGAAGGGCUACCAUCACCUCCCAUGGAUGAAGGGGCUUUAUUUGCAGCUCCAACUGGUUCGAUGGAACUCUCACAGUUCUUUGAUGGCAUGGAUGAUGAUGGAAAUCCUCGACACUGUGGGGAAUUCAUCAAGAGCCGUGAACAUGGAAGAAGACCAUCUCUUAGCGAUCAAAAUACAGCAAAGAGGAAACCUCAGGCUUCAAAUGAGGCAAACAUCAUUGCCAAGGACAGUAAGGGUCAGCAAGCAAAUAAAAAUGAGGCCGCUGUGAGGUUAAAUAAACCAGGUACUGCUAAUUCUGGCCCUGGCAGACCACCAAAAUCAACCAUGCAGAAGAAAAGCAACAUUGAGCAGAAGAUGCAACAAAAUAUAGUGAAGAGUGCUAUCCCGAAAAAUCCUCAUGUUCGUCAGCCAGAUAGAUUCAAGGGUUCGGAUGAUGCUGCAGUCCAAGUGAAGUUAGAAGCAACUAAGAGGAAACUUCAGGAGCGGUAUCAACAAGUUGAAAAUGCUAAGAGGCAGCGGACUGUACAGGUUAUGGAGUUGCAUGACCUCCCAAAGCAAGGGAUUGGCCACCGAAAUCCACAUGUCAAACCUGGAAAUCACAAGAAGCAAUGGGGUCAUGGACGAAAAUAGAACUUCUAAUUAUGAAUUUGCCAGCAUUUUCAAGCUUCCAGAAUCUGGACAAGAACUCCCUUUGCUAGCCAUUAUUGAAGCUUCAUCCUCUUGACCAAACAAAAACAACAAUUCAGUUCACCAUUUUUACCUCUAUAGAGCUAUUCUGAUUGAGAGGGGAGUAAACUAUGUCACUGUUUAUUUCCCAAGUUAAAAGGGUCGAAUAUAUAUAGAAAUUUUGUUGAUCCAAUAUUGGAUUUGGAAGAGGGUCCUUCAGCACUUAAAUGUUGGUGUGGUUUUAAACUAGUUGUCAAUUGAAAUGUCCAUUGAUUCCACCCUCAUGAUUGGUCAUUUAAUUUUGGACAAUUUUCUUUCUUGUCACAUAGAACUUGCAUUAGGGUCUCAACAUUUCAACUACCUUGUCACAAACUCGAGGUCUCGUGUAUUAGGUGUAUAUGUAAGGAAGCUGAACAACAUAACCUAUUUGAGAAUAAGUAAUAGCAUUUAAUUUA